AUGCCAAGUUAUGGUCAACUUUUUAUUGUGGAUAAUAAUGAAGCAACAGAAUGUCGAUUACAUCGAAAUUCGAAUCUUGAUAAAGAAAUUUUACAUUUAAUAGAUAAUAUAAUGCGUACGAAUAAUGUUUUUGCACAAUCUUACCGAAUGAUGCAUAAAGAAAUUGAACAAAUCACUGAAAAUAAUAGUAUACGUGAAUUACAAUUGAGAUUUUUGACAAAAAAAGGCAUUGAUCGUGGCCGAUACAAUGUGCAAAGAGUAAAUGAAGUUGCAGCUGUUUUUUCUACUACAGCAGAUGGUGAAAUUCCGGAAACUUAUGUAACAAUAUAUAAUAAAAAUGAGAAAACGUUACAACAAGUCAGUACAAUGAAUCCAAAUGUAGAACCAUGGAUUUAUCCAUUAUUCUAUCCAUAUGGUAAUCAAGGAUGGCAUGAUAAUUUACAACGUAAGAAUUGUAAUAAACGAAAUCAAAAACAAUUACGAGCUGAGACUUAUCAAGGAUUAAUUGAUUAUUUAGCAAACACCGCCAAUAAUAACAAUGCUCAUAUUGGAAAAAUGAUUAUACUUCCAUCGACAUUUGUGGGUUCACCGCGUAAUAUGUUGCAACAUUAUCAAGAUGCAAUGGCUAUUGUUCGGAAAAAUGGAAAACCAGAUAUCUUUGUUACUAUGACUUGUAAUCCAAAUUGGCGCGAAAUUAAAGAAAAUUUACUUCCAAAUCAACAACCUGCAGAUAGGCCAGAUAUAUGUGCUCGGACAAAAAUUUUUGGUGAAGUUUUAGCAUAUGUUUACGUAAUAGAAUUUCAAAAACGUGGAUUACCACAUAUACAUUUAUUGAUUACAUUAAAACAGAAUUGUAAGAUAUCAAAUUCUGAAAUAGUUGAUAAAUUUAUUUCUGCAGAAAUUCCUGAUCCUAAUGAAAAUGAAAGUUUACAUAAUGUUGUAAUGAAACAUAUGAUUCAUGGACCAUGUGGAAAUUGGUGUUUGAUAAAUGAUAAAUGUUCAAAACAUUUUCCAAAACCAUUUCGACCUGAGACGACUAUGGAUGAAGAUGAUUACCCGCACUAUCGUCGAAGAAAUAAUGGAUUGCUGUACGAAAGACCUGGACGAUACGUUGUUGAUAAUCGAUAUGUUGUUUCAUUUAAUCCAACUCUUUUACUUUUAUUCAAUAGUCAUAUUAAUGUUGAAAUAGUUUCGAGAGCUACAAGUUUUCAAGAAUUAAGAACAGUUAAUAACGAAACACAUCAAACUUUUACUGCCGCAUGUUUAGCAUUAGAACUCAUAGAAGAUGAUGAGGAAUGGUAUCGUGCAAUGAAUGAAGCGAAAAUUUGGAUGAUGCCAAGACGACUUCGUAAUUUAUUUGUACGAAUUUUGAUUCAUUGCCAACCAGUUCAUCCAAAGAAAUUAUGGGAUAAGUUUAAAAUAGAUAUGUCGGAAGAUUAUGCAAGAAGAUUUGGACCUAUAAUAGGAAUAAAGAAAGUUUAUAAUUAUAUUACUAAUGUGCUUCAAAUGGAAGGUUCGAAUAUUGCUAAUUUUCCUGAAUUAGAACAAGAAAUUAUUGAACAAGAAAUAAAUAAUGAAGAACAAAUUGAGGAAGAUACAUCGAUAG